UUAAAAGAAGUAGAGAUAGCUAUAGAAGAGUUACAAGAGUUAACAAAAGUAGCCGAAUUAGUAAAAUUAUUGUAUCCUUAUGAAGUAGUUACAAAAAAACUAUCAGCGAAACUUGAUUGUGUGGUAACAAAUAAUGUUGAUGUCCAAAAAUUUAGAACUCUUCUUCAUGAAUCAAUUCAGAAUCAAUUUUUAGAACCAACAAAACCAAUUCGACUCGCUGCUUUUCUUGAUCCACGAACCAAAGAUCUGCAAAUCUUUACCGAAGAAGAAAAGAAUCGUAUGAUUUCAGAAGCACGCAUAGAAUAUCUUGAAUUAGCUACUAACUAUUAUGAAAAAAAUGAUACGUCAGAUAUAGAACCUAGUGAUAUAAUAAACGCUGAUGAUGAUAUAUUUUCUGAUCCCUCAGUUACUUACUUGCAAGAACGUUCAAGUGAACAAAAUGAUGAUGACAAUAUUACUAACCGGGAGUUUAAUUCAUAUUUACUAUUACCAAGGGUUUUAAGUGAAACAGAUAUACUCCAAUGGUAA